GAAGCGUAGACAAUUGUACUAUUUUUACGCUUCCAUAUACUUCUAGCAAAAGAUCAGCUACAAUGGGACAAGAAACAGAAGAUUCACAGAAGCUUAAGAGAAUAGCGGCUGCUGCUUAUGAUUACGACAACGACCCUAGAUGGACUGAUUACUUGUCCAAUAUUCUCAUCCCUCCUCACUUGUCUUCUCGCUCUGAUGUUCUAGAUCACUUCAAGCGCAAGUUCUACCAACGCUAUAUCGACCCUGAUCUAGUGGUGGAGGUGAUGUCUACAAAUGGUUCGUCUCAGUCAACAAACCCAUCUGCAUCAUCCUCUUCAUCAUCAACCCUUUCAGAUGGCCAACCUCAAAUACGCAACACAGGGUCAACUGCUAGAGCAUCUGGACCAUCAGCAACUGCAGGUCAAAAUCCAACCUCUGUGCACUUGUAUCGACAAACCAUACAAUUUUCUGUCAAUGCUUGGGUUUUUGUUGUGGCUGUGCUUGCAAUCAUUCCCCUUGCACCUAAAAAUCUUUCAAGUAGGGCAUAUCGACUGUCGUUUAUGGGCACUGCAUGCUCGUCUAUGUAUUCCUUGUACACAUUAUAUGGGAGACCCAGAGCAUGGAACUUGCAGGGCAUUCAAGUUUACUUGCAGUCAAUAAUUGCAACCAAAGAUUUUAUCUGCUUCAUCUACUGCCUUACAUUUGUUACUUCACAUCUUUUCCUCAAAGUUGCUUUAAUUCCCAUUUUGUGCCGAUCACUGGAGCAUGUUGCCAAAUUCUUGAGGCGUAACUUCAGCCGUUCCACCUUGUACAGGAAGUACCUUGAAGACCCUUGUGUAUGGGCGGAGUCCAACACGACUAACCUCAGCAUUCUGUCCUCUCAUACUGAAAUUGGGCUUGGCUUCCUGUUAAUUGUCUCCUUGUUCUCCUGGCAACGCAACAUAAUACAAACAUUCAUGUACUGGCAGCUAUUGAAGCUCAUGUAUCAUGCCCCUGUGACUGCUGGUUACCAUCAGAGCGUGUGGGCUAAGAUCGGAAGGACCAUCAAUCCUCUUGUCCACCGCCACUGCCCAUUCUUGAAGACUCCACUUUCUGCUGUUCAAAGAUGGUGGCUUAGGUAAAUGUGUGGCCAACGGGAAAGGAAGAAAGAAUCAUCUGAGAUGGUAGUUUCAUUCUUCGGAAGAAAAAACCAAAGCUGGAUGGAUAAAUCUUUACCGUUAAUCUCAAAUGCCCUUUUCCAUUCCCUCUCCUGUCCGAGUAGACGAUCAGAAGGUUCUCAUAUUAAUACAUUAGAUAUUGCUCUAUUUCACAGAUUAUAUAGAUAGAAAGGAGAAUGUAUUAGAAUUUUACUUGGCCUUCUUAAAUUAUUGCUUGCAUC